UUACUUUCAAAAAUUCAGAUUGAGACAUAAUGGAUUCAAACAGUGGAAUUGAGGCCAGUGACAUGCUUGCAGAAGCAUUAAAACAACUGGACAAUGUUUUAGCAAACACCAAAUUUGAACCACCCAAUGGUAAAGCCGAACUGACUAGAAGAAAGACUCCAAGACGACAUUCACAUCAGGCCAAAAUUGUCAAACUAAUGGAGGAUUUAAAGAAUUUCUUGGAGACAUGUGAUGAAAAAAGCAAGGUCAUCACCAUGAUUCCCAAUGAAGUUACAUCCUAUAUUAGAAAUUGGAUGAUAGGUGUGGAUGAGAAAACAUCUCCAGGAUCCUUACAUGACAGUGCAGAGGAAAGGCUUCGUAAAACAGAAUCAGAAAAAGAUAGUUUGUCUCUGCAUGUCAGUGUCUUGACUGAUCAAAUUGAUGCCCAAUCUGAAAAGAUCAGAGAUUUAGAAUAUUCUCUGGCCGAGAGACGUGACAAGGUCAUCAACACAGAAGAUAUGUUGCAAUCAGAACUUCUCACAAGAACAUCAUUGGAAACACACAAGUUAGAUCUAAUGGCAGAAAUCUCCAGUCUGAAGAUCAGAUUGGCGUCUGCAGACAAAGACAGAAGAGAUCUAGAUGACAGGUUACGAAUUUCACAGCGACAGAUCAAAGAAGCUGAAUCAAAAUUAGCAAUAAAGGAUGCUGAAAUCAACGAAUUACGACAGAGGGUCGUCAGAAAUGGAACAGUUGUAGGGUCAGAUUCAAAUGGUGACAUUAGCUGUACCAAAGGAUUAGAAAGAGAACGUACAUUAGAUAGGUUAAAACGGAAACAAUAUGAAGUGGAAAAGUUAAAGAAGGCAGUAGAUGCCUUGAUGUUAUCAAAUCAAGAAAAAGACAAACGAAUUGAUGAAAUGAGGAAAUUAGUAAGAAAGUAUAAAAAGAUUGAAGAAAUGGUCAUUCAUGCUCAGGGUAGAAAAGCAUUAGAAGAAAUGAUGAUUAAUGCUGAGGAUGACACAAGCUCAACGAGUUCUACGACACCUUCAUUAUCAGAUCCUAUGAGAGAUAUGUUUGAUGACAAGAAUUACUCUUCCCCUAGUGCUACAAGUACCCCUGUUCAGUCAUAUGACGGAAACAAUUUAUUGGUCAGUACUCCAAAAAGAUCCUCUGGUGGCUUACAACGAUCAAAUAGUGCCGAAGAUGUCACACCAACUAAUAAAAAAAAACAUAUAAUUACUAACAAUAAUCAUCCAGAAAGCUACAGUUCUGCUGGUCCAGAAUCAUAUGGUACGUUAGUUAAGGAAGAUCAUACCGAAGUCCGAAGGUCUCGGGGCUUUCCUGCAUUAGGCAGGGCUUUGAUGAGGGUGAAAAGCGGCAAAAGGAGUACCUCGGCCCCUAAUUUAGGUGAUGGGAUUACCAUUAUAGAGUCUGCAGUAGAUAAGUCUCAAACAGAAGUAGUUACUGAUGAUGAGGACGGACUCCAACAUUUAAGUGGGAUUGCCGGAGGGAUGCCGAUGGAUGCCAAGAAAAAAUCAGGAUUACGCAGAUUUUUAGGAAAAUUAAAAAGAAGUGGAUCUCAAGAUUUUCAUGAAAGAGAAAAAACAGAGCAGUUUAAAAGAGGAGGUGUGCGGGCAACAGCCUCUGGUAGACUUGGCUGGUCCAAGGAUACUAAAGUUCAGGAUAAUACACCUUUUGCUCGAUGGGACAGUGAUCGUGUGACAGCAUGGAUGAAUGAGAUCGGAUUAAAUAUGUAUCUUGUAGAAUGUCGGAAAUAUAUCAAAAAUGGCGACCAGAUGUUAAAAUUUACCUCACAUGAUUUAGAAAAAGAAUUAGGAAUAAAGAAUUACUUGCAUCGGAAAAAAUUACAGCUAGCGCUUCAGUCAAUAUCAGCCAACUCAGCAGAAAAAUUCAACUUCCUGGAUCACAAUUGGGUCACGCGAUGGUUAGAUGAUAUAGGUCUUCCACAGUAUAAAGAUUAUUUUUAUGAUGCAAGAAUAGACGGCAGAAUGCUUCACUUUCUUACCAUUGAUGAUUUAGUAGCAUUAAAAGUGACCAAUGAAUUACACCACAUCAGUAUCAGAAGAGGAAUUCAGAUUUUACGUGCUCACAGUUAUAAUCCACAGUGCCUACGCCGAAGACCUUCACCAGAUGAGGGUCAUUUGCACAAUAUCCCAGGAGAUGUUGCCUUAUGGACAAAUCAUAGAGUAAUGGAAUGGUUACGGACCAUUGAUUUGUCAGAAUAUGCUCCAAAUAUGAGGGGCAGUGGUGUUCAUGGUGCUUUAAUGGUUUUGGAACCUAGAUUUUGUGCUGAGUUAUUUGCCCAGUUGUUAUCAAUACCAUCAAAUAAGACAUUAUUACGGAGACAUCUCAACACACAUUUUAUAGCAUUAAUAGGCAACGAUACACAGCAUAAGAAGAGAGAGCACGAAUCUAACCCAGCAUAUAUUCCACUCUUACCUAAUGCCAAAGUCAAGGUAAAGAAACAUGGUAUAUUUGGUCACAAGAGGAGUAAGUCAGAUGCUGAAGCAGAUGAUUUUCUCUGUCCCAUAGAUUUUGGUAACGGUAGAAUGGUUAAUGGCAGGAUGGAUCCUGAGAAAGACCAAAAAGCAGCAAAAGAAAUAGGUGCCUUUUCAAAAGAAAUCAACUCUUUAACAAACAUGCUUUCAAGUGACAAGUUCCUGGAAAAUGUGCCAUCAUCGAAUGUGUGAUUGUGAACUUUAUUGUUUUAUCCAAUCAAAAUGCUCCAAGCCAAACAGGAACUGUCUCAGGGGAGCGAACUGUGGUUGUUUUUACAAAUGGUUGUUGAUUGUUAUUAAUUUGUACAGUUAAUAUGUACAGAUAAUCUGUGAAUGGAUUAUUAAACUUUGUAUAUAUGUAUAAAACAAAAUCAGCAUUUUCUCAAUUAUUGCUUGUUCAUUUUAUCAGCUUAGUGCUAAAAAUGCUAAGUUUUAUUAUUGAUAACUUUUAAAUGUAUGUAAAUCUAAGAUUUACUUUUUUAAUGCUUUGGUGACUGAAGCAUCGACUUUAUUAAUCUGAGAUUUAUAUUUUAAAUGAUUCAGGCUGUUAUAUUUUAAUCAAUUCUGACUUUUUUUAGGAUUGAUUUUAAUUGGAUAUGAUUUUUGUAAAAUGGUUGUCAUUUUUAUCAGAUCUGUUAGUUUCAUGAAAUAACAUUAUAACCUGUCUGUUACCCCUUGCAUCCCUCAUAAUCCUUUGUCAUGUGACACAUAUGUAAAUAGGUAUGCUCGAUACCAGACCUGCUUUUCACACAAAAAAAAUUUAGGUCUUAA